AUGGAUCGAUUCCAUCGGGGCAUGGUUGCCCCUCAAGGCUCCAACAGUCUUGUUUCCAGAAUUAUUCAGGUAGCGCUUGGGCUCUUUGUCACAACUCAAGAUAUGCCGCCUCUCCCUCAGAAUCAUCAACUUCUUUCUUAUGAUUGCUCAUUUGAUGCAGAUUGCCGAUGGCAAAGUGUUGGAGGAAGUGUUGAUAAAUGGCGGAUAGCUAAAGGAGAGCCGGAUAGUUUGUUGUGGUUAGCAGCUACGGGUACAAUGCAAUUACCACAAGAGCCAUUUGCUCUCGUUGAACAACGAGGGCAACGAGUCGAUGCUCUGAUGACUGAUGAGAUUGCGUGUCAAGUUGGAUCUGCGAAUUUGAUCUUCAACUACUGGGCAAUUGGUAACUCUGAUCUGGAAAUCUGUCUAACAGACACAAAUGGAAUCAAAUUUAACUGCACUGGUUGGCUGAACUCGCCCGUGAUGCCCGGAAAAGUUUCUCUGAAGAUCCCAGCCAUUCAGAAGCCGUUUCGGAUCCAAAUUGGUCCAAAUGGUCAAUCCGGAAUUUUGAUAAUCGAUGAUAUCAAAUAUGAUGCAGCUCCCUGUCAGCCAGAGUUACCUUUCGGAAAGAAUCGACCAGAGAUACCACAACCACCACUUAUUUUACCGUGGACUAUGCCAGUUACAAAGCUUCCACCUAGGCUGCCGACAACUAGAAGUACAAGACCUUCAACGACAACAAAAACAACUACAACUACUACAACUACUACAACUACAACGACCACGACAACCACUACAACAACAACCACAACCACUACCGAGCCCACGACCGAGGAACCAGAAACGCUUGAGCCUGAAAUUGAAGCAAUCACGAAUUCGCCAACAAUGGUCACUAUUCCUGGAUCAACAACUGAUGCACCAUUCGACUUGAUGAUUGUCGGGAAUAGGACGACUCCUUUCUUUGACAAAAGAAUUGGGGUGAUUCUAAAUGACUCGUCAAAGUUGCUCUGUGAUUUCAAUGAUGAAUUCGCUUGUCAAUGGGGAGCUGAAGCUGGAAGAUGGGCUGUGAUUGAACAAGGGGCUAUUCCGACUUUGGUGGAAUCCUUGCCGCCUGGAGUGAGCGGCCCCUCAUUUCCAGCAGCCUUGGUUCUUCAAGGGACAGCCAUGCUAACAUCGGAUCCAGUUCGAUGUCAGACUGGGCCUGGAAAGCUACUCUUCCGUUAUUGGUCUAAUGGAGAUGUCCUUCUUCAGUCAUGUGCUUUGGGCUAUGGCAUUGAUAGCACUCGAAUUGAGUGCGUUGAUCAGUCAACAAAAACUGGAAUCGAUCCCUCUCUAGCCGUUUUUGAUUUCCCCAGAUCUAUCAAAGAGCCAUUUACAAUGAACAUCAUUCCACAAUGGCCUCGUGGUGUUCGAAAUAAGUAUUUGAUCAUUGACGAAAUUGCCUAUAUUGGUGAUUGUGCUCCACCAGCUGUCACAAAAACAACAAUCGUUUUCCCACCGGGGAUUAUCAUGCCCAAGAUCACAAAGAAGGUCAAUAAGGGAGGACCGUUUGGAACUUUGUCGCCAAUUGAAACUGACAAGACAACAACCCCUCGACCAAUGCCGACAAGAAGACUGCCAGUGAUUUUGCCAAAGAUCCCGGCUAAGUUCACUCUACCACCGACCACUUCAACUACUACUGAAAUGAGCACCACUGAACCAGAAGAUUAUGAAGAGCCCAUUGAUCACACUGAAGCUCAGCCGCGAACUCGCUCGACGAUCAUGCCGGCAACAGUUCGAUCAACGAUUUAUCCCACUUACACAAGGGCACCUGAUAGGAGGACUUUCCCUUGGCGAACUACAACCAUUCAAGCGGUUGUUCGACCUGAUGAGUACAUUCCGAAUGGCCAAACUGGAAACUAUUGUGCUUUACUAAACUGCAACUUUGAUGAAAAUGCUUGCAAUUAUCUCAAUCACGGCUUAACGAAAGUCCCAUGGACCUUGAGGAAUCGUGGCUAUGGUUUUCCGUUGACUUCAUCAACCGAUAUUAAACCAACUCACGCAAACGGCCAAUUCGUCUCAACAGUCUUGGCUCCGGGUGACAUCGCGAUUCUCGAGUCUCCAAAGUUUAACGCUACAAAAUCACUCAACGUUUUACUAUUCCAAUACUUUAGACCGACACAUAUGUCAACGAUAAGACUUUGUCUCGGCAGUAGUUAUACUGGAGUGAUGAGAUCAGCCACAGCUUUCACUCAAUGUCCCUCAAUUCUUCGAUCGGUUACAUCAAAAAAUGCUCAUAGGUGGAACACGGUUCAUGUCCAGAUUCCACCUGGAACUACAAAUUUCUUCUUGGUCGCUCAAAAUAGUGGCCGUGCCGAGACACGAACAGCGAUCGGUAUUGACAAUAUGAGAAUGGCCAUUUGUGACUCUCGACAUUAUUCUCCUGAAGAUGUUCAUGAUAUGUUUGAUCCCUAUGAUUUGGAGAUUAAU